CGGCGCCGGAAGGAGGGUUCGGUUCCGGGCCGCUCGGCGUCAUGGAGUCUCUGUGGCGGCUGAAGCGGUUCGACGCCUUUCCUAAAACCCUGGAAGAUUUUCGGGUGAAGACGUGCGGAGGAGCGCUAGUGACGGCUGUCAGCGGGCUCAUCAUGGUGCUGCUUUUCUUCUCGGAGCUGCAGUACUACCUCACAAAGGAGGUUCAUCCAGAAUUGUACGUUGACAAAUCAAGGGGAGAUAAACUGAAGAUCAAUCUAGAUGUUAUUUUUCCACAUAUGCCUUGUGCUUAUUUGAGCAUUGAUGCAAUGGACGUAGCAGGAGAGCAGCAGCUAGAUGUAGAACACAAUCUGUUUAAACAACGUUUGGAUAAAGCUGGCAAUCGUGUAACUCCAGAGGCUGAGAGACACGAGCUGGGAAAAGAAGAAGAAAAAGUGUUUGAUCCAAAUUCUUUGGAUGCUGAUCGCUGCGAGAGCUGUUACGGGGCAGAGUCAGAGGACAUUCGGUGUUGUAAUACUUGUGAUGAUGUCAGAGAAGCAUACAGGCGGCGAGGCUGGGCCUUCAAGAACCCAGAUAGCAUAGAGCAGUGCAAGAGGGAAGGGUUUAGCCAGAAAAUGCAAGAGCAGAAGAAUGAGGGCUGCCAAGUGUAUGGUUUCCUAGAGGUCAACAAGGUAGCUGGAAAUUUCCACUUUGCACCAGGAAAAAGUUUCCAACAGUCUCAUGUACAUGUUCACGAUCUGCAGAGCUUCGGACUUGAUAAUAUCAAUAUGACGCACUAUAUCAAACAUCUCUCAUUUGGAAGGGACUAUCCAGGCAUUGUGAACCCUCUGGAUGGGACAGCCGUCACUGCACAGCAAGCUUCCAUGAUGUUUCAAUAUUUUGUCAAAGUGGUCCCCACUGUGUAUAGGAAAGUAGAUGGUGAAGUGGUAAGGACUAACCAGUUCUCAGUUACACGACAUGAGAAAAUAGCAAACGGGCUACUGGGAGACCAGGGUCUGCCUGGUGUCUUUGUGCUGUAUGAACUUUCGCCCAUGAUGGUGAAGCUGACAGAGAAACACAGGUCCUUUACUCACUUUCUCACUGGAGUUUGUGCCAUUGUUGGAGGCAUAUUUACAGCAAGGACCCAUGCUGUGGUUUUGCAGGAAAAAAAUGCUGCCCCGAUUUUUCAGCCUACAGUAAGUUUGGGAUGUCCCAAGGAAAUCCCCUCAGAAGUUCGCAAGUAAACCUCAAUUGCAAAUUGGCCUUGGAAAUCUUGGGCUCAUGGUUUUGAUUUCUGUCCCCUUCACACACAGCAUGAGGAGGGCCGUGGGGUCACAGCCAGAAAACCUCCCUCUGCUGUGGCAUUCCUCACACUGCUCAAGUCUGCCUGUUGCUCCCAGCUCAUAGAAAGCACCACUUUCAUCAGAAAACUGUUCCCUCCCAGGCAUGGGAACCCAUAAGGACAGGCUGGAGAACAAAGCUGUUUGCCAUAAGGGUCUGUGGGAUGGGUAGUCAUACCUGCAGAAGUGCCAGCAUAGGCUCGCUCAAAUCCACGAUCUCUGCAUAUGCCUGAAGCAAAGAAAAAUAUGUCUGUUGCCUGAGAUCAGAAGAAAAACUUUCCAAACAAUAUUAACAGUGGCAAUAUAAAGAGCAGUUCUUUAAUGAAGCUUUCAGGUGCACAAAAUAUACCUGUGCUCACACAUGGCAUCAGAUUUUCACAAUUUUUAUAAGUUUAGCUAAUUUGUGUAUCUAGCAAGUACAUCCAAUAGAAGACCAGUUGUCCUGGUAACCCACCCUUGGACCUGCCCCACUGGAGUCCCUCCAGGGGUUCCUAGCCCUGUAUUUUAUGUCUCCCAGGUGCUGGUGUAAAACAAGAUAUCCUUGUUAGAAGUUCUUUUCUUGAAAAUAAGACUAAACAGAAUUUCAAGAAGGUGGCAUAACGUGUAAGAAAGGGUAACUGCUGUUCUAAAGUGUAAGAAAGUGCUAGAAACUAUAGAUCUAUAUAUUAAAAAUUCAAAAAGCUAAAAAUAUACAGAAAAAGCUAAAAAUCUUUAGGCAUCAUGCCCUUGUCCUUCAUGGCUCCUGGGAGGACAGAGUGCUGAGCAGCAUGGCUCCUCUUGGCAUAUUUUUUCUCAACAUGUUUGGAAAUGACAUUUUUCUGAAAGGCCCUUACAGAGACCAGCCAAGUAUGAGUUGGGGGCCACAGAGCAACCCAGGUGAGCAUGCCAGGCCCGCCUCCCUUCUCUGUCUUCCUCAACCACCUUCAUUCUCUCUCACUCAGCCCUGACAGUCAGUUUAACACUUCCCCUCUCUCAGCAUUCCUAACAACUCUCACAAAACACUAUGGUUUUCUCAAAGCUUCCUCUACUGCAGCUAUGUAAUUAAAUAAGGCCUUGACUUUCAUGCAUUUAAAGUGCCACAGCCAGGGCAAGGACCCCUGCAUGCACUGUGGGAAGCCAGAACCAACUCCCUGUCUUUCUUCCCAGCAGGGAUCCUACUGCCUUCAUCCAACACCCUGCUGUUUUGUGCUGGCAGGGACAAGAAAGGGCUGAUGCCUCUCCCAGGCACUCAUUGCUUUCUAGAACCCCCUCCAUUGCCUCUGGUCCAGGAUAAGAAGGCCUGGGUGGGAGAUGCUCAGGGUGCUGUGGAAAUUUGUAUUCAGUGAUGUCUAUCAGCCCUGGUGAUGUUUUCCACUCUCCUCUCCUUUCCCAUCCUCCCCAGCCCUGACCCAUCCUUAGCCUUUCAGACACUGCUACCCUCCCAGUUCAGCACUGGGCUCAGCUCCCUAAUGGUGAGAAUCAGGGGAAAGGAGCAGAAAUCUCAAUGAUUGGGAAAUGCCAAAUGGUAUGAACUGGCCACGAGUAUCCAUUGGUCAGGAACAGCUUCCACACUAGGACUGGCCAAGUAAUCUGGGACUCUUCCCCAGGAGAGUUUAAGAACAGCAAAAGCAGUUGCUGGCUAGAGGAUUGUAGUGGUUUGGUCCAAAAUACUCAUUACUGUUUACCUUCUGUGAGAUAAGAAUUAGGAGAAACGCAAAGC